AUGGCGACACCGGACGGCGCAGAGGAGCGCGUGCCGCAGCGGGGCCGAUCUCAGAGCGACCCGAGCGUCCUGACUGAGGCUCGCGCACAACUCGCGCACCGCGCAGAUGUUAUGGAGCAGCCGAGAACGCUUCACUCUGGUUGUUUGGUGACUGGGGUCCGUACUCCGCCUAUCCGCCGCAACAGCAAACUGGCCAGCCUGGGGCGCAUCUUCAAACCCUGGAAGUGGAGGAAAAAGAAAAAUGAGAAGUUGAGGCAAGGCUCAGCAGGCUUGGAAAGGAAGGUGUCAGCACGGCAAAGCCGAGAUGAACUGAUGAGGAAGAACAUGGCAGAGACAGGAGCAGGUUCUGGCGUGGCAUGUGGGGGGAACUCAGAGGAACCAGAGAUGCCGACUCAGGAAUAUUCGGACUGUGAGGAAAGAGAGGAAGAGGCCAUGGCACCGCUGGCCAGCAACACAGAGGACCUGGGGUCAGACGAGGACAAUCCUUCAACAGUACAAGAUGCCACUGAAACCACAGAGGAGAACAGCCACAACGAAGAAGAAGAGGAGGAUGAGGAGGAUGAUGAGGACGAUGAGGAAGAGGUUUCAGCGUCUGAACCAUCCACCAAUGACGGCGUUCCUCUUGCUGAGGUUGUCCGCAGUGUGGAGGAGUUGAAAACAGAGCCGGCGCUCAGAGAAGUGCGCACUCCUCCUCCCAGAGUGCCUGCAAAGCUCCUGCCCCGACUCGGGAGCCUGGACAGUUCACACCCGACACACCAGAUACGUCCGGCUCCAGCUACCCUUCCCAGGAACUUCACUCUUCCCAAAGACACCCUGAGGGGCCGGAUAUCCACCCCGACAGGCUCGCCACACCUGGGCAACAUGCACCCACUGCUGCCCCCUACCUGCAUCAUUGAGGAACUGCACCGAGCGCUGGCCACCAAACACCGGCAGGACAGUUUCAAUGGUAAAGAGGUUCGCUGUUCACCAAAGCGCCGCUCGGAUGGCUACGUGUCUCGUACCUCCAGUACGGAGAGCGAGCAGCAGGGAGGAGAGGUGGAGAGCAAGAAGGAGGCAGAGGAGAACAAAGAGAAUAUGGGUCUGGAUGAAUACUACAGCGAUCAGGACAGCUGGAACGAAUCUGUGAUCUCGGGGACACUACCACGGCGGAUAAGGAAAGAGCUGCUGGCGGUGAAGCUGCGUAACCGACCCAGCAAACAGGAGCUGGAGGACAGGAACAUCUUCCCAGUGCGCAGUGACCAGGAGCGUCAGGAGAUCCGCCAACAGAUAGAAAUGAAACUGGCCAAGAGACUGAGCCAGAGACCGGCGGUGGAGGAGCUGGAGAGCAGGAACAUCCUCAAACAGAGGAACGACCAGACGGAGCAGGAGGAACGACGGGAAAUUAAACAGAGACUGAACAGAAAGCUGAACCAGCGUCCCACAGUAGACGAGCUACGCGACCGCAAGAUCCUCAUCCGCUUCAGCGACUACGUCGAAGUAGCCAAAGCUCAGGACUACGACAGGAGAGCAGACAAGCCUUGGACCAGACUGUCUGCUGCUGACAAGGCGGCGAUACGGAAAGAGCUGAACGAGUUCAAGAGCAACGAGAUGGAGGUGCACGCGUCAAGCAAACACCUCACCAGGUCAAUCUGCGAUGUUCCACCGGCCAUAGCAAGGUUUCUUCUGUGAAGAACAUGCUGGAUGUUGAAAGAAGACCUCAGGAGGGUCCAUCCUGCGCCAUGGCCCUUGGGUCCCUGGAGGGCCUGCUGGUUUUUUUUUUUUUUGGGGGGUUGUGUUUUUUUGGGCAUUAUCUCGGGAAGCUCGGAGGCUGUGUCUCUGGAAAAUCUCGUGCAACUCCAAAAACUCCUCAGCCAAGCUACACCUGUAGUUUUUUUUCUCUACCUGGCUUUGUUUCAUAUUUCUUUCUUUUUUUCUUAAGAAGAACCUUGAUGGAAAAGAACAUUGCUUAAAGAAAACAAACAAACCCAGGUCCUUUUUUCUUAAAGACUCUUUUUAAAAAAAAGAAAGAAGAAAAAACACCUUUCAGUGCCAAUAAAAGGGAGGGAUGAGGGAUGAAGAGGUCCUGCAUGUGAACUGUUCCCCCUCCCCAGUGAUGGUACUGUAGUCACACCUUACUAAAACUUGACUCCAGUUUCAUAUCUGCUGUAUAUAUGUCUGAAAUUCAUGUCUUACCUUUGUAAGCAUUAUUUAUU